GAAGUGCUCCUUCCCUCUUCGUCCUUUCCACUGACAUUUGCAUUAUCCACUGUCCUCAUUUGCAUACACUUUGUGUGUGUCAAUAAGAACCGGCCUCUGAAGAAACGACGAGAGACUGAAUAGUAAUGAAGGGGGCUGUCCCACUUGAUAGCUGGUAUGUUAGAUCAAGUCUAUGGCUAGACGUAGCCCAAAAUCCAACCCAAAAAGAGUGUUGUACUCGUAUUAGCUCAUAGGAUUCCUUGCUAUGUUUACACCUGAACUCUAUCAAUGUGCAGACAUGUCAGUGGGUCCUUUUUAUCAGCACUUUAGAAAGAACCACCCUGCCUUUCAUCUAUCCAUCCCAGCACAGCACAGCCCUGUUCACAGCUUGUGAGACCCUACUUUCAUAUUUUCAAUGGAAAUGGGUGGCCAAGCUCGAGAGCUCCCUGGCUGUGGGAGGUAUUAAAUUAUGAUAAAUAACCCUUUUGCAGAUCUGAGGAGUGAGCGCAGUCUGAUUGCUGGUUGGGAGAGUGGCCGGGCGCAAAUCAGGUGUGUGCGGAGUUGCGGGAAUCCACUGGCAGUUUGUAACACCUCUUGCAGGAAGACUUGGCAGUGAAUUUUCAUAUCCCAUACAACAGCAGGUGAUAAAGAGACAGAAGUGCCUGGAGAGAGGAGGUCAGAGGAAAAGAGGGCAGAGCCCUGCAGGGGCUUCCUGCAGAGGCUUGGUGGGGGAAGCUUUAUCACACUGGGUCUUUGAGGAGACAGCAGAGAAGGUGAAGUUUAACAUCACAGCAGUUCAACCCUGCCUCUAAUCGUCAGACCAGAAUUUGGCAUCGGCUCAACUUGAGACCCAUUUUUGAUCAGGUCAAGCAAGUUAGGAGACAGCGAUUGAGGAAAUCUCCAGGUUUAAAUCCACCCAAAAGUCUGCACCAACAAGACAAGCUCAUCAUUGAUGAUCUAAAACACUCAAGAAGACAUUUUAUUGACUGCAUUGAUUUCUUGUACAUAGUACUCUUGGCACUGAACACAGAGUUCUGUACAAAGGCAUUUGUCAUUACAGUAGUUUUAAGAUGCCCAGAGAGAAUGCUUUGAUUUUUUUUUGUUCAUUUGUGGCAAUUUGGAUGAUUAUGAAUUCAUAAAAAGGUAUUUUCUGUAUGUAACAGUUGUAUGUAACAGCCUGCCAACAUGAACAACACAACGUUGACCAAUAUGACGUGGCUGAAUGACACAGCCAAUGCCACAGAGGCAAACAGGACAUAUUUUGACAUGGAAACAGGUGUGCGUGGUGUCAUUGUUCCUGUCAUUUUUGCCAGUAUCAUCCUUGUUGGUGUUGCUGGAAACAUCCUUGUGAUGGUAGUUUUGCUCUGCAAGAAGGAACAUAUACAGAACACCACAAACAUCUUCAUCCUCAACCUGAGUAUUGCCGACCUCUUGUUCCUGAUCUUCUGUGGACCUUUUCAAACGUAUCUUUUCUCUGGGGACUCCUGGAUCUUUGGGACAUUCCUGUGCAAGUUUGUGCACUAUGGAAACUACACCAACAUGAUCGCCAGUAUCUACAACCUACUGGUCAUGUCCGUGGACCGCUACAUUGCGAUUGUCCAUGCCGUCAAAUCCCGUGAGAUUCGCAACCCCCGCUACGCGUGGAUCGUGGAGAGCGUCAUCUGGAGCAUGUCUCUGCUGAUGGCCAUCCCGAUCGCCAUAGCAUACAAAACGGAGUCCGCCGGCGGCUACACAAGGGAUGAGCAGGAAGUGCUGGUCUGCAUGGAUUCCUGGAAUACCUGGAGCGAGCGAGUGUCAUACUUCACCACACUGUUUGUGUGCUGCUACGUGAUCCCCCUCCUCUGCAUCUCCUUGUGCUACAUCCUCCUGGUGCGCAGCCUACAGGACCGACCUCGUCACGGCCAGCAGAACACCAAGAAGAAGGUGACCAAGAUGGUGACGGUGGUGGUCAUCAUGUUUGCCGUCUGCUGGUUCCCCCAUUGGAUGAUCUUGAUGUGGAACAUGUACGCCGAUUUCCCCUUCACCAUGGCCACCUUCGUGCUGCGGAUGUUGGCUAACACCCUGAUGUAUCUCAACUCCUGCUGCAACCCUUUCAUCUACGCCUUCAUGUCCAAAAACUUUCGCAAGGGGUUCCACAAGGCCGUGACCGGCAAGAUCAGCAGCUUCUCCUUCCGAAAAAAAAGCGUCAACAAUCCGGGGAAUGAGGACGACACGGAGCUGCAGAACAACAUCCCGCUGAAGAGGGCGUACCUGGGCGUUAACCAACCAGAGAAUGGCGUGACAGGGAGUACAGAGGUGGAUGCAACGUCCGUGAAGAACGGGCUCCUCAACAACGGACACACCAGAACGUGAUCCGUUUUCACCUGGAAAUCUCACUUAGCACUGCGUUAACAAAGUACAGGAGAAAAAUUUCACAACAAAGAAGGCAAAAGUGAAACUUUCUAAAUGAUGACAAAAAUGUUGACCGCAGAAAGUCAAGUCAACAAACUGCAACAACGGUACGCUAUAGAUACAAAACCCUAAAUUUGCUAAAGAAAUAGACUUAUUGAAAUUUUCAUACUCAUAACCUGGCAUACACAUCAUCUAGAUUAAUGUCCCAACAUGCAACAAUUACAGCCCAUUUGAUGAAACUUUCUGUGAAGCAGAGAACAGACAAAACAGUCAUCAUUCAUAAACAUCUAGUUCUACAUGUAGACUAAUUGAAAUCAGCUAUACUUCAAAUUUAUCUCUACCAGCCAGUGAAAUCUGCCUCAAGAACAUGAUAUGCACUGAUAUUGACAUGUCUGGUUCUUGAUAUUUGCAUUCUGCAAUGAUGAUUGAUUGGACGCAAUCUUAAUGUUGCGUGAAGGGCAGUUAAGCACUAUAGUGUAGAUGAAGAUAAGAUUCAUGAUUUUGGGGCACAAAUCUCCUUGUCAAAAAAAAUUAUUCUGGCAGUACCUCCAAUGUCUUGUAUCUAAAGCAGUGUGAUAAUUGGAGUAGAGGGAUGUUCUCAAAUGUCCACAAAAGACAGGCUUACAAUUGUAAUGUCAUUCAGCACAGACAAUUGGCACUUCAGCUGUACAUAUUAUAUGUAUCAAUGGUACAUGUAUGUGGUGAGGGAUCUGUUGCUUGCUUCAUAUUCAAAGCUAACUUCUGGUUGAUAAGAGGUCCAUUGUACUAGGAAGUUGUCGACUGAAUUUCAAGCUACAUGUUUGGAAUCAUUGUGUCAGUGGAUUAUAUGUAUAUCCUUGAGUAGUGAUGUACAUGUACAACAUUCAUGUUGUGUAUCUGAUAUUUGUGUUCCUGUUUAGUAUUUUACAGUGUGUCACAAUUGGAAUUGGUCUUGCCAGAAAAAAGAGGGAUAUAGAAAGGAAGAUAUACAUGUAUAGGUAUGCUUAUUACCAAACAAUGUACAGGAAAAAUAUAUGUAAGUAUAGAGGGUGAUAGGGGUGGGGACAGUCCUUUGUAGGCUACAUUGUAUCUGGCUGUGUUAGUGAUAUAACAUGCCUACAAGUGUAAGUCUAGUGUCAUAAUUUUGUGUCAACACUUAUUUCCCAUAAAUAACAUUAUUCAUAUCCAGUGUGUACACUUUGGGCAAAAAAUCUGAAGUGCACUUGCGUGUUAUAACGUUAAAGAUUUUAACUAAGAUUGAAUAGUCUAAGAGAAGUAUUUUGUCACACUCUGCAAAGAGACUAUAAGAAUUCACUACAAAGUGCAUGUAAGUGCUUUAUCCAAGAUAAAAAAAAGAAAAUUGAAAAAAGGAUGUGAUGUAUUACAAAAGUUAUUGAAAUGUGGAUAAUGAUAUAUUGUUGCUGACUGUUGUAAUUGCAAAAAUUUGAUGUUCUUGUAAAAGUUGAUGGUGACAGAUCAAGGAACUGUCUCUAAGAAUGUAUGGCUAAAAUAUGUCAUACUUAUGAUAUGCAUGUAGCAUAUCGCACAUAGGAUAGGAGGUUUCCUGUCUAUCUUAAUACAAGCACUAAAUGAACACUGUACUCUACUAAAAUGCAUACAUGUAAUUCUCACCUGUCUGCUAUGAUUUAGUUUGAAACAUACUUCUAAUAUCCACGUAAAGAUCAGACAUGUUCAGUCAAUUUCAGUCUAUGAAGAUAAUUUAGUUUUAGAAUUAACAUGCAAAUGUGUUAUUUCUGAGUGCCAUCUGAGAAAUGUCAAACAUUUCUAGACAAUAGAAGCUGUACAUAUAGGCUGGUGAGUCUAUACAUCUAUUGGCAUUCAGACAAAUUCCAAACUAUAUACAGAAGCAUCCAAUGUUUUGAUAUGAUCAAUAUUAAUCAAUACAAGUCAAGAUACUUGAAAUGGGAUAAAGGGCCUACUGAUUGAGAUCUUUUACUUUGCCAGGUAAAACCAAAGAGUGCUUAUGAAAGUGAAAACUUCAACUUUUAUUUUGAAGAAAGUACUUUGGGGGGCAAGUAUUACUUCAGCCAAGCAAAUGGAGAAGUACUAAAUGCCCACUGAUGUUUAUAGCACAGCUUGAAAUGUGGCUUUAAAAAUCAAUAAAGACUUAGAGCUGCUAUUGAAAGUUCUAGGUGAACAAAGGCUCUUGAAAUAUACUAAAGGGAUUUUCUGUCUAUGUAUUGUGCGACAUCAGCAAUCAGAGCUGAUGACUUAUGUACCCGCAGUUGAGAUGACUGUCAGUUAUUUGUGCUGUAUAAUUGUAUGGCACCAUAUACUACAUUUACAUUGUCAAUUUUUCUCAGAACCAUCAUAACCUUUAUGUUCCAAAGGAGUGCUAGUGCAAUUAAUAUGUAAUAUCUUAUCUACACAACGUAUCUACACAAUGUAUCACACAGACUACUUAUCCAAGAAAAAGUAUUCUGUCUCCAUCUAAUGAACAAAACACUAUUCUAGUAUACUAGCAGUAUAAACCUAGAACUACAUUGUUGAGGUUUGGUGUUGCCAGUUGCUGUAAAUACGUCAAAAGACUUCAAUGUUACGUGUGAAACAUUUAUUGCAAGCUUUUGAAUACAAAGAUAGACUUAUGUAUACAGCAUGUAUUACCAAUAGAAAGAGGUGGUGGUAACAGUGCAAAAAUAAUCAAUAAUUGGUUUUUAACAACAAUAAUUUCUGUCAUAUUUGACAUUGGAGUCAGUGUAUAUAAGACAUCAAAACAAGUUCUAAAAUUUCAAAUACAAGGUACAGUAUUUAACAUGACUAGCACAACAACCAUCACCAAAGCACUGGUAAUACAUGUGUGACUUCAUGAACAUACAUUAAUAUAUAAGUAAAAUGUUGACGUAAAAAAUCAAUGUACUUGAAAUCCCAGUGAGAAAGGGCUUAUUUUUGUAUGUAAUGUUAAACCUUGUCACGUGCAUAGUAUGAGAAAUGGAUCAACUAAGGCCUAUUCAAUACCAUUUGGACUAAGCACAUAAGAAAAAGGCCAGAAAACUUAUGUAUGAACAAAACUAUAUGGAAAAGAAAAUCCAACAAGAAGACAGAGAUUUUAAGGAAAGGUACAGAAAUGAACGAAAAUUCAACACAGCCAACUGGCACUGCUUGAAAUACAUGAGAUGGUUCAAAUGUUCCUGUCAGUGCAAUUAGUGAGAACUUCUAUCCAAAGAUUUUUAUGGCUCAAAAAUGAUUCUUGUUAGGGCUGGAAAAUUUUGCCCAUCUCCCAAGAAAAAAUCGUUAUUACAGUCCUAUGUUUGACUUGUUUUUAUAUAUUCAAAAUUAAUGAUGUGCUCCUACCGAUAAUUUUCUUUCUAAAUUUUGAGUCCUUUAUCAUGUAUUUGUCCAUAGAAUUGAUGCACAGAAACAAUUCAAGGUAAUCUAACACAUGUAUUUAGACAAGUAGUAAAGAUGGUGAUUGUUGUACAUGUAUUUGUGGAGGCAGCACAGUCGGUACUUCAGUCCAUCUUUAUGAGUGCUUUAUUCUAGUGUGUCAAUAAAUGUUGCAGAAUUGAAUUCCAAAUGUGCCUGCAGACUGUAGAGGUUUACGAGUGCAUGUGAACCCAAUGUUCCAGAAGAAUAUAGCAAAUGUCAUGCAAAUUAGAUUUCUGGUUAAUAAAUCACUCAAAUUCUAAGGAAAUUCUGAGAGUAAAUAUCAACCAGACUGGCCAUGAUUUACAAUGUAGCAUGUUUGAAAAAAUGUCUGGAAAAUUAUAUUUCUUGUGUUGAAUGAGGCAUUUCAAAGUCAUAAGCACCAAGAGUAAUGAUUUGCUAUGGCGAAAUCUGGCCGAAAAUUGCCUUACUGACAUCCAAAAACUAACAACAAUAUCUGAUCUAAAAUGACAUGGACAAAGAGAAUCAAGAUUAAAUUGACCAAGAUAGAUAUUUAAUAUUCUAAUUUGUAAUGGAGGAUCUUGGCACUCAGUUUCAUCCCAAUUCUAUUCCAAAAGGGCUCUAUCCCCCUUUUUUCAAUUCAAUCCCAAUAGGGCUUUAUCUCUUUGGCACUUUUAAACUGUUGAAAAUAAACGAUUUCUGCUGGAACUAUUGGAUACACAUGGGCUCUGUGAUGUCCAUGAAAUAACUCAGUAAUACUAAUAAUUGCCAUGUAAAAAAGUGAAGUGUCCAUCUUGUCAGAGCUUCCUUGGUGACAAGUGUACAUAAAGACCAAGAGCUGCCAGGGGUAUCUCUAUUGUGCUUUCAGACAUUUAUAAUACUGUAACAGUCAAACCUGCCCAAGAAGACCACUCUGGGGACUGAUAAAAUCUGGUCUGUAUGUACAGGUGGUCACUAUAGGAAUGGUAAAAAUCAGAUGGGACCAUCAAAGAGUGGUCACACUGGCCAGGUGGUCCUUAUGUAGCUGUGGUCACUACUUUGACUGUAUAUCCAAUAUAUAUCACAGUUGAAAUAGCAUGUUAUGCUGAAUAGCUCUGCUCAAAUUCACUACAAUUCACUUGUACAACCUGGUACAGAUUUGCCGUCAGAUUAAUGGAACGCUAUCCUACUGUCUAUAGGAAAUCCAUGAUAUUUUCCGCUUCAAAAGCGAGCCUUCUUUGUAAAAAGAAGCUGCAAGUGCAUUUAGUGCCAAGAGAAUGGAUGCAACGCAGUUAGAAAGAUGAAUAUUGCUAUGGGGAAGGAAUUCUCUGCAAUGAGGUACACAGGAAGGAUUGAUUCUUCAGCUACCAUUACUACUAUCAUCCCUUAUUGUUUACCCCUGGCAUUGCACCAUGUUAGUAACCUGGGAACCAGACUCUGUGGGAGCAGGGAUGUGUUGGCAAACCGCCUUGUUUAGUUAACAAGCUCCGUUAAGUAAACCCAGUGGCCAACCGCCUGCCAGGGUCAAAUUAACAUCCUCUGAGGUUUAAUCAAAACACUCCGUUAAUUGAACCCAGUGGCGAGCCAACACAUAUACAUGUACAUGUACACAAACACACUGGCCUACCAAAACCAGCCAAGCUCACAAGACACUUGUUGCCAGGUUACUGAGUGAGUUAACUUUCUGACAAGCAGUGUUGUUUCCCUUUCCUCUGUGGGAAUUGUUAUUGCAUGUGCAGCUGCCAUUAUUAGAUGUUGUAAAGAUCAGUAGUAGAUUUUCAAUAAAUGUAUCUUUGAA